CUGUGAGCGGCAGCAGCGCGCAGAAUGCGCCGCAAGUGACGUCAGGCGAAGAAGAAUCUCUGUUUACAGCAGUGUUUGGAAACUCUUAGCAUGAGCCUCGACAGUGUGAUUUAAGACAUGCUUUCUCAUUUAAACUCUCAUUCGGAAGCACCGACAUGAGCGACACGACGGAGAGCCGAGAGCCGCGCACUCGAGAGUCUUCAGCCGCGAUGAAGAGAGCUGAAAACUGUGAGCAAACUCACGCGGUGGAGAAGAGAGGGCCGUAUAUCAUGCCCAGAGCUCCUGCUGUCCAGAAGCCCAGAGACACGGCCAGACGAGGACUGCUUCAUCAGCUCCGACGCAAACCGAGGACUGUGAGGUUCAGUAAGGGAUACGCUGCUCUGAGUCAGACGGGAGAGGAUUCAGACAGUGAUGCGGAGCUGGACUGUUCGUCUGGAUAUUCCUCAGCAGAGGUGCAUCCAGACCUGAGCAGGCAGCUGCUGAAGGACGGAUAUCACCUGGAUGAAAUCCCUGAUGACGAGGAUCUGGACCUGAUUCCCCCGAAAGCCCUGAGCUCCUCCGUCUGCUGCUGCUGCUGUGUGCAGUGAAGCGCUGUGGUGGAGCUCUUACAGUGUUUUUAGGAGCACAGACUGGUUUUCUGUGUCAGUCUCGUUAUUAGAAUUACACUGCGUCACCAAACUCCCAAACACUUCCAGUUUUGAGCUUGUGUGAAUCAGAGCCGUGAUUUACUCCCAUCUCUGCUGCUGUCUGCGUCUCCUGAAAACACUCGAGAGCCGGCUAUACAUCUCCUC